AUUAAAAGGAUAAAAAUCCCCUUUUUUUUCUGCUUUCUCUAACAAGGAAAAUGGGACGGAGAAGGGUGUCAAUCUCAAGGAUAGAGAACCGAACCACAAGACAAGUCACCUUUGCAAAACGAAGAGUAGGGUUGUUUAAGAAAACCCAUGAACUUUCUGUGCUGUGUGAUGCCCAAAUUGGAAUCAUGGUCUUCUCAAGCUCUGGAAAGUUGUAUGAGUACUGCAGUGACGCAUCUGGAAUGGAACAUAUCAUAAGAAGGUACAAGAUUGCAACAGGGACUGAUCAAAUUCCAGAAAGCAAUGACCAGCUGGAGCAGAUUCAUGGUGAGUUGAAAAGGAUGCAAAGAGAAACCCUGAGUCUUGAAUUGAGUUUGCAACGUUACACUGGUGAGGACUUGAAUUCUGUACAAUUUGGAGAUUUACAUGAACUUGAGCAAAAGCUGGAAAACUCAGUCAACAAAGUUCGAGAAAGAAUGUUCGAGCUCUUACAACAACAGACUGACAAUCUUCGAAGGAAGGGGAAAAUGCUUCACGAUGAAAAUGAAAAUUUGUACCAUCUGCUUAAGGAGAAUCAGGUAGCUUUGGAUCAUCAGGCAGAAUUGGAUCAACAUCAGCAAAUGACCGUGGUACAUAAGACUGAGGAUCGUCGACACGUAUUAGAAUCAUUCCCAUUCUCUGGGGAAGAGCAACCUAGUAGUGUUCUUACUCAGGCAACCUUGCCUCCACUCUUUAAUCCAUAUCGUCUACAGCCUACUCAGCCCAACCUUCAAGAUUUCAGUCUCCAACUCCCCGACUAUGGUACUUCAAUGUCAUCAUGA